CUGAUGGAGGACAGUACAGGUGUAGAGCUGGGAGAGGAGACCCGGUCUACUACACCCAGUACAGUGAACCAGUCCACAUACAGGUUACUGCUAUGACUAAAGCUACACUGACUGUAAAGCCAAACCCAGUGUAUCCUGGAGAGACAGUCACUCUGACCUGUUCAGUUGGGUCCUACAGUGACUGGAGAUAUAAGUGGUACAAAGACAGUAAAGAUACUGUAGUAUCCCAGUCUGAAAGACACACUGUAACAGGAGACACCCUCACCAUGAGUAGAGCUUCUGAGUCUGACCAGGGUCUCUACUGGUGUCAGGGAGAGAGAGACUCCAGACUCAAAUCUACCUCCAGCAGUCAACCAGUCAGUAUCACUGUGAAUGGUCUGCCCAUGACUUCAGUGAGUGUCUCUCCUCAUGGUCUCCUCUAUUCUGGAGAGACUGUUACUCUGCAGUGUGACAUAUCAGACUACACAGACUGGACAUACUGGUGGUACAGAAAUAAACAACUACUGAGUCCUGGUUCACCUUCUAAAACCAUCACCACUCUGUCUGACCAGGUGAGUCAGUACCAGUGUCAGGGGAGAAGAACAGAUCGUCCCCAGUCGUCACAACGCAGUGUUUCCCUCCACAUCAGUGUCACUGGUAUUAAGCCAAAGGCCAAAGUGAGUUCAGACAAAAAGGACAUAUUGAUAGGAGACAGUAUGACACUGACCUGUACUGUAGAGUCUUCUGGAUGGAGGUUUUACUGGUACAGACCCAGACAAGACUCUGAACCAGUAGCUACAACCUCUGGAUCCUCCUACACACUCAGCCAGGUCAGUGUCUCUGAUGGAGGACAGUACAGGUGUAGAGCUGGGAGAGGAGACCCUGUCUACUACACCCAGUACAGUGAAACAGUCCACAUUCAGGUUACUGCUAAGAUUAAAGCUACACUGUUGGUAAAGCCAAACCCAGUGUAUCCUGGAGAGACAGUCACUCUGAACUGUUCAGUUGGGUCCUACAGUAACUGGAGAUAUAAGUGGUACAAAGACAGUAAUGGUACUGUAGUAUCCCUGUCUGACCGACACACAGUAACAGGAGACACCCUCACCAUCAGUAGAGCUUCUGAGUCUGACCAGGGUCUCUACUGGUGUCAGGGAGAGAGAGACUCCAGACCCAAAUCUACCUCCAUCAGUCAACCUUACAGUGAACCAGUUCACAUACAGGUUUCUGUAAAUGGAUCCUCUACAUCAGUCCUAGUAGGAGUGGUUGUGGGUCCGGUUGUUGCUGCUGUUCUACUGACCAUCUUCCUGGUCCUGCUUUGUCGAUAUAAAAAGAGCAAAGGUUCCUCUUCUGACAGAAUAUUCUGGCCCGUCCAUCCCCAGAGCACCAACCAGGACCCCCAACAGGACCAAGGAUAUACCCAGGUUCAGUUACUUGAUGCUGGGUAUACAGGUCAGCUAUAUGUCCCUGCUCCGCUGCCUGCCAAACCCCCGUUCUCUGCUCCGCGGCCUGCCAAACCCCCGGUCUCUGCUCCGCGGCCUGCCAAACCCCCGGUCUCUGCUCCGCGGCCUGCCAAACCCCCGGUCUCUGCUCCGCGGCCUGCCAAACCCCCGGUCUCUGCUCCGCUGCCUGCCAAACCCCCGGUCUCUGCUCCGCGGCCGCUGCCACCAGAGUCCACCCAAAUGGUCUAUGCUCUCUGCCUGCCAACCCCCAGAGGGUCCCUGCUCCGAGCCCCUGCCACCUCCCCUACUCCUGUCCUUAUGUACAUUCUGUCCUGUGGCGGGGUGCUACCUCUUCCUGCUCCCGAGGUGGUGCCGUCACCUGCUCUCCUUGUUCUUCCUCCGCUGGCUCCUUUAACUCCUCUACCAGCUCUGGCUCCUGUUCCUCCUCCACCGGCUCCUGUCCAUCCUGCUCCGACUGAUACUCCGCCACUUCCUGGUUACUCCAUGGCGGACCCUCGGCCCGGUUCUGUUCCCAGUCCCCAUCCCAAGGCGGUGCCUCCACCUGAUCCUGUUCUUGGGUCCCCGUUCCGAGGUGGACCCUCCUCCUUGUCUUCUAAGGCCGGACGCCCUCCAAUGCUGCGCUUUGUGUUGCUCACGUGA